AUGUCUGUGGAAAGGGUUCUGCAAAGGAAGCUCGAAUUUCUCGGAUAUCCUGAGAGUCAUUCAUUUAGCACUCAAGUCCACUCUGAUGUCUAUAAACUUUUAGUGUGGUUGGAAGACAAAAUUAUACGUUGUCUUCCAAUAAAAGAAAGGUUUCGCGAUACAGAUUCUGAUAAAUGGCAGAACUACGUUGAAUCGUAUCUUGGUAAAAUUAAUUGUCCUUAUAAAUUAACUGAACCGGAGUGUAUGGUGGACUAUCUAUUAAAUCGUGGCAUUGAAUUAAGAAACGACAAUGAGGAAAGCAAAGGUGAAACCUUGAAUCCAAUUCUUCGUGAAGAUAUUUUUGCAAAUACCGAUAGUAAGAUUGCAGAUUUAAUUUUAACCCAUCUAGCCGAAAGUCCCGAGUUCAAAGAGGGAGUUCAGAAACUCUCAAAGUUGCUUAACAUUCCCGAGCAUCCGGAUCCUAAACAGACUUUUCGAGCUAUUUGUGUUCUGAUUGAAAAGAUGCUCUCCGAAGAAUCCAUCAAAAGGGAGGAAAAAGCUUACGACAAAAAAAUUGAAUUGCAAAAUGCAAAAGACAUUUUUCUGGGUUUCGACAUAUCUGAUCCUCAAUUACGCUCCGCUGCAGUAACUCUUCGUCUUAUUCAUGUCGCUGAAUUGAGAAAUCUCCAGGAUCUUAUCAACCACGCCAUUGUCGAGGUUCAAAAGUUAACUGCUAAUCCUAAAACUGACGCAAGUCAAGGCCAAGUCGGUCGUUAA